UUGAAAAAGAGCUGGUUGCCUCGAUGUAGGGCAUGCUAUGACCGCGUCAUUACUACUCCAUUCACGCUGGAUUGACCCGGUGAUGUUCCUCUACGACAACGGUUUGGAUGAAAUAGGUAAAAACAUGGAGGGGUUUGCUGGUGGCAAUUUUGCCGCGAAUCAGUGCAGGAAUUUGUUGGCGCAUCCAACGUCCUUGGCUCCAACCACCACCUACACUCCUAGUGAGGUGCAGGUUUCUGGCAUGGGCGAACCUGUCAAACAAUGCAGCCCCUGUUCUGCCACACAGAGUUCGCCCAAUGCAUCCUUGCCUUAUGGAUAUUUUGGCAGCAGCUAUUACCCGUGCAGGAUGUCACAUAGCGGCGUCAAGUCUUGUGCGCAGCCCUCUCCAUAUGGGGAUAAGUACAUGGACACAUCGGUUUCUGGAGAGGAAUUCCCGUCCAGAGCUAAGGAGUUUGCUUUCUACCAAGGGUAUUCACCUGGUCCUUACCAACCUGUCUCAAGUUAUCUGGACGUGCCAGUCGUGCCAGGUCUAAACGGUCCUCCAGAGCCCAGACAUGAAUCUCUUUUGCCAAUAGAACCAUAUCAGCCAUGGGCUAUAGCCAACGGCUGGAAUGGUCAAGUGUACUGCGCUAAGGAUCAGCCACAGUCAAAUGCUCUGUGGAAAUCGUCCAUUCAAGAUUCUUUAUCUGGAGGAGAUACCAUUUCGGUUCGACGUGGUAGAAAGAAGCGCGUGCCAUACACCAAGGUACAGCUCAAAGAACUGGAGAGGGAGUAUGCCACGAAUAAAUUCAUCACAAAGGACAAACGACGAAGGAUAUCUGCCCAAACAAACCUGACAGAGCGACAAGUGACAAUCUGGUUUCAAAAUAGGCGAGUGAAGGAGAAGAAAGUCGUCAACAAGUUCAAGAGUCCGAGUUAGCCGUGGAAUUAAAAGGAUGAAAAAAAGACUUGAAUGUUGUUCGAUUAAAAUGAACUGUAAUUUAUUAGCCGUUUCCCUCUCUUCAUGGGUUGGCUUUCCUGCUCCACUUGUCAUGUAGCCUAUUCCUGCGAUGUUGCGUGAAAAGUACAUAUGAAAUAGCCUUUUUAAGAUGAGGAUAUUCAUGAUCAUAUUUUAGUUGGUGUAAUUAAAUGUAGCCUAUAGUGAUUUUGAUAUAUAUGCUAUGUUUUAAAUUAAAGGCAUAUCCCAGCUCAAAGCUAGUUUAAGGCUCAAAUCGUUCACCAACAAUAAUUUGGAAGGAAAAAAAUCUAUAUUUGUAUGCCUAUCAACAAUAGCCUAUUAACCGUCAACUUUAAGAAAAUGUCGGCCGUAACAAUAUGUAUCCCCGCAUUACGCACAUCCUCCCAAGUGCAAUUGAAACACAGCUUAAUAGUUGUUAAGCCCUAUUCAACUUUCUGCUUUCAGUUGCUGCUGUUACAAUAAACAAAAUGCUGUAUUUAC